AAAUUGAUAAAAACGGCAUUUUAUUUUAUUUAUAUUGAUUGAUUAUGUUUGGGCUACUAGAACUGAAUUGGGCGAUAUUAGGCUACUUAAUUCUUAAGAAACGGCGAUAUUCGGGCUAGGGCUGUUGACAACACUGGUGACAACAGAUAAUUUUACAUUUGGCAGAUUGCUUGAGAGGAGGUUAAUUUUUCGUCCUUUACGUAAUCUUUUUGUCGUCUCUUAAAAGAAUUCAACUUCAAAAUGUUAGGACGCUUGGGUAAAAAGCAACUAGAGGUUGCCACUUCUUUCUUCACAUCAGCAGCAGGAUUUGGAGGUGCUGCGUUUGUAUCUCUUCUGUACGUGACCGACUGGAAGGUGUUUGUUACGUACAUUCCGUUCUAUUCAGGAAAAUUCCCUGAAACUGAUGACGAAAAGUGAACCUAAAUAUAGACCUAAAUCGAGUUUAUUGUGCAAGUAAAUUAUUAUGUUAUCAUAGAUGUAAAUAUAAGCAGUGAAAAGUGAAUCUUGGUUUCAUUUCUUUCAUUUUUUAUAUAUUAUAUGCAAUUUUAAAGUAUCUAUUUGGGAAUAGGACAAAUAGAAAAUAAAUAGCAAUGGUAGAUUCGAGUGGCAGGUAUGGCGUUAGAAUCUUAGCUUUACUUAGGUCAAUGGCUCUUCAAGAGAUCUUACAACACUAUAUGUUUGGCGACACUACAUGAAAAUAUUAUUGAUAAGAUAAAAGUAUCAAAAACCAGUUUUAAAAAAUAUGUAUUCUCUAUAUAAGUAAAAUAUAAUACUUAUCUGAAAGGUGGUUCCUAUGUUCAAGCAACUUUUAUUGAAAUUGGGAAGUUAAUAUUAACCAAUAUAACAAAUCUACCUUUUGAGAUAAGUAUGUAAUUUUUUGAAGACAUUAUUAAUUUAAAAACAAUGGCCAGUUUCUGA